UGAGGGAGGGUGUGCAUGCAGAGCGGCGCUCCACAGUCAGUCAGUCAGUCGCAGUCAGGAGCGCAAAAGGAGCGAGCGGGCGAGCAAGUGGAGCAAAUGGAAUUGAUCACAGGAGUCCGACCGUUGUUAAUAUUCACCUACGUGCUCAUUAAUGGCAUCCUCGUCACCCUGCAAAGCAAAGAAGAGGUGCUUUUGGACAUGAAGGCCACAGGAGGUGAGCUGGGCUGGUUGACUUGGCCUUUCGAGCAAGGAGACAAACCCGGGUGGGAGGUGGCUCAAAAGACCCUGAACGGCUCUCAGUUCUACGCGUACUCUGUUUGCAACGUGGGCGAACGCGAGCAAGACAACUGGCUGCGCACCACCUUCAUCCAACGGCGAGCGUCCGCCUCGCGGGUCUUGGUGGAGCUCCAGUUCAUCGUACGCGACUGCAACUCCUUCGACGGCGCCUCCAUGACCUGCAAGGAAACCUUCAACCUCUUCACUUCCGAGUCGGACGUGGACGUGGGCACCACCUUCCGCAAGGGUCAGUUCAAGAAAGUGGCCACCAUCGCUCCGGACGAGAUCACCAGCAAGAACGAGCUGCACAUCAACACGGAAACGCGGGUGGUGGAGAACCUCUCUCGGAAAGGCUUCUACUUGGCCUUUCAAGACAUCGGCGCCUGCGUGGCUCUUCUGUCGGUCAGGGUUUACUACAAAACGUGCCCCGCCACAGUGAUGAGCCUGGCCUCCUUCCCCGAAACGGUGGCCGGCGGCGAGAACCAGGCCCUGAGGGAGGUCAACGGGAGAUGCGUGGAUAACGCCGUCAGCGAGGAGCUGCCUCGGGUCUACUGCACCGUGGAUGGAGAAUGGGUGGUGCCCGUUGGACAGUGCCAGUGCAAAGCGGGCCAUGAGAAAAUCCAAGACGUGUGUCAAGAAUGUCAGCCCGGCUUCUUCAAAGCGGAAGCUUCCGGUGAGACGUGUCAGCCGUGUCCUGCUAACACCCAAGGCUCGGGCUCCGGGGCUUUAAAUUGUUCCUGCAUGGCCGGCUUCUUUCGGGCCCACAGUGACCCCCCAACCGGACCCUGUUCAGGCCUCCCCUCUGCUCCCAAAGACCUCAUGGCCACCACCACACAACUAUCCGCUGGAAAACUCCUGCUUUCCUGGAGCCCGCCAGAUGACAGCGGAGGUCGAACAGAUUUGACGUACAGCGUGGAAUGCCAACGCUGCGAGGGCGCCACCUGUCAGCCGUGCGGAGACAAGAUCCACUACGACCCGUCCAGCUCCGGCCUAACCGACACCAAGGUGUCAGUGAGCGAGCUGGACGCUCACCUCAACUAUACCUUCAUCGUGGAGGCUCGCAGCGGCGUGUCCAAGCUUGCCAGUCCGGCAACGCCUUCCACCAGUGCUCUGACUACAUCUCUGCACUACACAGAACCUCCAAAAAUCACCUCCGUCCGAAUGGUGGAGAGAACGGCCACCAAGUUGUCCAUCUUCUGGGACGUGUCCCCCCGACCUCGUUUCCAACCUCGGCCCUUCCGCUACAAGCUGACUUAUCGCAAGAAGGAUGACAAUCUGGAUGUGACCACCUACACGGUGCUGAUCCUGGAGAAGAGUUCUGUCGAGAUCAGCGAUCUGGCCCCAGGCACGGCCUACCUGUUCCGGGUGCAGGCCGUCGGCAGUGACGGCAGUCCCGCGGGUUCCAGUGUGGAGGAGCAGUUUGAAACCUCAUCUGCAGAACCGCUGACUCAGACCAACCCGGCGCUCAUUUUCGGCGUGCCCAUCGCAGGCGCGGCUGUCUUGUUCAUCCUGGUCCUGGUGGUCUUCCUCCGCAGACGGAAAAGAAAUUCUCACUCCAGACAAGGACCGGAAGACGCAUACUUCUCUAGCUCAGAGCAACUCAAACCCCUGAAGACCUACGUGGACCCGCACACCUACGAGGACCCCAACACAGCCGUACUGAAGUUUGCCACGGAAAUCCACCCCAGCCACAUCAGUAAACAGAAAGUCAUCGGAGCUGGAGAGUUUGGCGAGGUGUAUCGUGGUAUUCUCAAAGUGCCAAGCAGGAAGGAAGCGGCCGUGGCCAUCAAGACGCUGAAGCCAGGCUACUCGGAGAAACAGAGGCAAGACUUUCUGGGCGAGGCUUCCAUCAUGGGUCAAUUCUCCCACCAGAACAUCAUCCGCCUGGAGGGGGUGGUCACCAAAUUUAAACACGCCAUGAUUGUGACGGAAUACAUGGAGAACGGAGCACUGGAUAGAUAUCUCAGGGACCGAGACGGUGAGAUUUCCUCCUUCCAGCUCGUGGGCAUGCUACGUGGCAUCGCCGCAGGCAUGAAGUACCUCUCCGACAUGAGCUACGUCCACCGCGACCUGGCGGCUCGCAACAUCCUGGUCAAUAACAACCUGGAGUGUAAAGUCUCGGACUUUGGUUUAUCCCGAGUGCUGGAAGACGAUCCCGAGGGGACGUACACCACCAGUGGAGGUAAGAUCCCCAUUCGCUGGACAGCUCCGGAGGCAAUCGCGUACAGGAAGUUCACGUCAGCCAGCGACGUGUGGAGUUUUGGUAUCGUUAUGUGGGAGGUGAUGGCGUUUGGCGAAAGGCCCUACUGGGACAUGAGUAACCACGAGGUGAUGAAAGCCAUCAACGAGGCUUUCAGGCUACCGGCGCCCAUGGACUGUCCCUCGGCUGUUUACCAGCUCAUGCUGCAGUGCUGGCUCCAGGAUCGCUCCAAGAGGCCGCGUUUCGGGGACAUUGUCAGCCUGCUGGACAAACUCCUACGGAGUCCAGACUCCCUCAAGACCAUUGCUGACUUUGAUCCACGCGUAUCCAUCCGCCUGCCCAGCGUCAGCGGCUCAGACGGCUCGCCUUUCAGGACCGUGUCCGAAUGGCUGGAAUCCAUCAAAAUGAGCCAAUACAGCGACAACUUCAGCUGCGCCGGCAUCGUCAGCAUGGAUCAAGUCCUGCAGAUGAAGAACGAGGACAUCAAGAACAUCGGGGUGAGGCUGCCCGGCCAUUUAAAAAGAAUCGCCUACAGCAUUUUGGGCUUGAAGGACCAGACCAGCACGCUGAGUGUGUUUGCGGUGUGAACGCCAUCAUCACAGAGACUUGAACUCAAGCACUGAAGCUGUGCGCCCCUUUGGACUCCCAAAUUGAGCUGGAGCAAUACCGCAGGGGGCAGCACCAGCGAAAACAAACAUCCUGUACUCGCGCUCGCAGCAAACAUCGGCGAGCGAUGGAGGAAAUACGCAAAAGGACUCAAGUACUCAUUCCUUGUUUUUUAAAAAAAAGAAAAAAGAAACAGCACUCAUGGAAAUGGCUUCACAUGCAUGGAGCAAACCCAGAAGGUGUGGCAGUGAGGGCAGGAGAAAGGGAAAGGCCCAGCUUCCACUUCCUGUUCAUCGGGCGAGGACGUCUGAAAGUAGCUGGAGAUGACCGAAACGAAACUAAGCUAUAAUCUUGUAAGCAAAAUGAGGCUUAUGUAUGAGGUACUCUGUAAAUAAUCCACUUUCUUUUGUAUUUGGGAAUUCACCCAAACCACUGGGAUUAAAAGAAUUUCUAAUGUAGCACUUGCUUUGAAAAUAUUGUGGUUUUUGGUUUGUUUUAAAGUGACAGGAAAUGGCUUGUUAUGCUUUUAGAAAUGAAAAGUAAUGGUGCAAAUGAGAAGGCACUCGAUCUGAUCUGCCGGUAAUGAAGAUGGAGCGGCUAACUAAGCGUUGCCAGAAUGCAAAAAAAAAAGAUGUCAAGAGGAUGAGUCUUGUCGUGGUGAGGAUGAUUUCCGACUAAAUAAUAGUUUGCCCUUGUCUAUUUUUGUAAACUCCACCCACAUUCUCGUGUGCUGUCGUGGAGAACAUGGGGAAGAAAUGCUUUGACAAUGAAGUGCCUGUUUGAUUUUGUUUUUGAAUUGAUGACUGCAAAUUAUUGUGUUACCGAUGUACACUUUUCUUGACUUGAAUUUUUCAAAUGAUCUUUUUGUAGAUGAUACAUGUAGCUUUGGAUAAGGGCUUCUUUUGGCGUUACAUAUUAUGAUGUCACUUAACAGAUCAUUGUGUACAGUUUCCGUGAUUUCUAUCCAAAGCCAUUUUAGCUUCCUCUCCAAAAAUGAUCUUUCGUCAAAGACCUUCCUUUUUUUUUUUUUUUUUUCAAAAUGUAUUUAAUAGUUUAUUUAUUUUUUACUUCUAUUUAUUCAGCCUGAUAAAACACUGAGCUUGGAUUAUAAUUGAAGGUGGCUCUGUCAUUAAAAAAGCUGUGUCGCAUAUAUAGCUGGAAUAUUCAAAGUUCAGUUUGCUUUCAUGCACAUGUGGAGCAAUAAAGUCUGGAAUCCUGAUUUUUGACACACAA